AUGUGCAUUUUCUUGCCACUUCGCCUUCGUUCUUUAUUUAUUUUUACUUGCAUCCCCCGGGGUGAUGGCAGAGGUGGCGUGCUGCUUUGGAUAGACGAUGCGUUCAAAUGGUUCGGGCUUCGCGUCGUAUCCUGUCGCACAUCCCUCCCCUUUUUCAACUCUGGCUCUGCCUCCCUUCACAUGUCCUACACAUACUGGUUCUCCAUGAUCCACCUCUCGUCGGUCUUCGAGCUGCACUCGCAUUUCUUCUUGUCACGUUCUUCUUCACGAAUACCUUUACGCGCACGCUCACCAGUCCGGCUGCGGGCCUCUCUCUUUUCGUGCGCGUGUCGUGUCCCGACGUCCUGGCCUCGGCGUCCUCUUUGCUUUUUUCCCUUCAGGUCGCUCGCAGCGUCCGUCCUCUCCUACUCUCUCUUUAUUCCUAGUAUGCGGAAAGCGGCCCUACGUCCCAUCUUCAAUUCUUGCUAUUGA